GACUCGGCUGGCUUCCGGCAAAUCCCCUCUAAUCAAUCCUUCCAUCAGCCGCAAUCAGAAUACGCACAAUAUCCCCAGGCUGAGUUCCAUCCUCAAUACAACGACAGAAAUAUGGCCUCCAAAGGUAAUCGACCAGGCAGUGUAGCGAAGUCUACUGGCGAGAUCUUCACUAGGAAAUGGCCCCGUGCAUUCUUUAUCGUCGCUGCGCUGCAAGCCAUCAUUUGCAUCGCCUUUGAGUCUUACACAUUCUCGCAGUUCCAAAACGGCCUCAAAGACAUGUCCGACGCAGAGUGGGGUGAUAACAAGGACGAUGGCAAAGCUCAAACUAAAACCAUUCCUACUUUCUUAGGCCUGUUGAUGCUUGCCUUCAUCUACGACAUUGUACUGGUAUGGGAUGCGCUUCGCAUGAAGAAUACGAUUCAGAUUAUUGGUCUAUGUAUCGCGAAUCUGGCCUUCCUUGUCUACAGCGCCCUACAGAUCGACCAAAUCCACGUCGCUAUUACCCGGCUAAUAAGCUACAACGCUUUUAAUAACAGUGGCAUUUGGGACGAGGUUCAAGGCGAGCUGAUCGCUAUCCCAUGCAUCAUCUCGCUAGUCACCAUCAUUCUAAGCUUUAUCGCCUGGAAGCUGUAUCAAGAAUUCGCCUGGGAUAUCCUGAAGCAUAUAGGAGCUGACUACAGGAUGAAGAAGCGAUUCUUGCACUACCAGGUCUACAUCGCUCUCUUAAAAUUCGACUUUUUCUUCUUUGUCGGCUUUACCAUUCAAUUCCUGGUCGUUGUCGGAGGCAAGACCACUACCGAGUUCAUAUUAACAGCUAUCGCCAUUCCCGUUACCAUCAUCAUCCUUCUAUGUGCCGCAUGGUUUACUCGACGCGAAUGGAAGCUAGGUAUGGCAGUGGUCAUGGUUCUUUAUCUGGGUGGUCUUACCUACUUCAUCUACAAACUGGCUCGAAUCUACGACCCUCAUGAGGCCCAAUAUUACAUGCCCGUUCGCAAGUCGUUGACGGCAUUCGCGGUCCUCACCAUCAUUCUGAUCAUCUUGACCAUUAUAAACGGUCUCGUCUGCAUGCUCAACUUCGGCGCCGGUCUGAAGCACCACCUUAACACGCCCCGACAAGAAAUCGACAAGGACCAAGCUAGCUACUCGAUGCACGAUGUCAAACAACCGCAACUACCAAGUAGAAUGACAAUCGAUUAAAAGGCGUGUAGGCGGCAUAUAGAUGUACAGAGUGGAUACGAUUAAACGACCUUUCCUUUAUAAAGCAUUCUCCAGAUAUCCAACCGAGUCGGUCCCUCUCCUAGAAUGAGAAGGGGCAUGGUUUUUUAUGGACACAAUUUCUUUUCGGCGUACGGUAAUCCAAUCUAGGUUCAGCCUCGAGGGAGUUAUAGGACACAUUUCUGCUUUUUUUCCCCUAAACCAUUAUACCGUCUCACGAAAUUCGGUCGAUCUGGAUAGCAUAGGGCCCAGCUGGGAGAGGCAACGCUGUACCAGUAACGUAGUAAAGGAAAUAUUUGCAAAUGGAAUACCCGCCCCCGGCC